CAGGAAGUAUUCACUGGCGGGAAAUUUGCUAAAUAUUAUGAAAGCGUUCCCAAAGAUACCAGAGGCUUGACUUUCCUUCUCAAGGACUACUUCACUGAAUUAGCGUUAAAUUAAGUUAUAUGUGUAACAUUUAGGUUAGCUAGACGACCGACAAACAGAUGUAAAGCCUUUAUUCGUGCGUCAAAUGUAACAUUUAGCUACAGUAACGGCUAUCAAGCUUGCGGACAAUAAACGGGGAUUUCUUGCUGUCUGUUACGUAGCUAAUUGAAGAUUAACAGUAAUUUACCAUCAAGCUGUGUCUGUAAACUAUAUUUGUAGGUUUAUCAUGAAGGCUGAAAUGGAUAAAAUCGUCUCACUGUCAGAUGGAGACAGAACUGCCGAACUUCAAAAAUACCUGUCCUCCCUUACAGAUGACCAGCUAAUCACUGUCAUUACCAAUAGCGCACUAAAGGGUAAGAAGAUCGGUACCAUGAUUAAAGGCAUAUUUAAAGGCUCUCCACCCAGUUCCUCUGAGGGGUCAAACCGCAGACUCCUGCUUUAUCAACACUGCAUCCCCCUGUGUGAGUCUGGUGACCUCCAGACUGAGGUGGCAGCUGAUAUCAUUGGACUGUUGAUGCUUGAGACUCACACAUUGUCUGGAGCCUCUCUUGCACAACUGGCAUCUCUUUUUGUUGACGCCAUUAAGGUGGGAAAAAUGGGCAGUGGGAAAUCCUUGGAGCUAUUUCCUACUGUGCUUACUGCUCUGGCAGCCUGUGAAGCCUUGUCAUAUGGCAAAGGUGAACUCAGUGGUGAGGAAUACAAGAAACAGCUAAUCAACAGCCUCUGUGCAAGCAGAUGGGACCCACAAUGUGUUAUCCACCUGACGACCAUGUUCAGGGACGUGCCCCUGUCACCAGAGGAGCUGCAGUUCCUGGUGGAGAAAGUACUGCGGAUGUUCAGCAAACUAGAUCUGCAAGAGAUCCCGCCUCUAGUUUACCAGCUGCUGUUGUUAUCAGCAAAGGGUUGUAAGAAACAGGUCUUGGACGGAAUCAUCAGUUAUUUUAAGGAGCAAGACCUUCGCCAGGAAGAGGAGCAGAAACAUGGAGAGAGCCUGGAUCUAGAGGUUCAGUCCAUUCCACAGGACCAGCUAAGGCAUGUGGAGGGCACUGCUAUCCUCCACAUAGUCUUUGCUAUAAGACUCGACCAUGAACUCGGGAGAGAAUUCCUUAAAAGCUUUAAGACAUCUUAUGGGGACCUAUGCCCUUUCAGCGUUGCCCUGUUGCUCUCGGUGGCACGUAUCCAGCGUUACGAGGAGCAGGUUUUCGAGGUUUUGAAGGGAGCAAUCAUCAAGAGCUUCAAGGACGAGCAGCUGCAGCAGGGGUCAAAGUUCCUGCAGGACCUCCUGCCUGGGCACUGUAGCGUCGCUCAGAUGAUACUAGACACAGUGAAGAACAGUGUGUUUGGUUGGGACCAUGUGACUCAGGGGCUGGUGCAGCUGGGCUUCUUCCUCAUGGACACAUUUGGACCCAAACCUGGACCAUUUGGCAAGACCACAGAAGGGUCCACUACUGUAGCCAGGACCCCCACUCAGCUGGCAUGUAAGCUUGGAAGUCGGGUGCUCUUGCAGGGCUUCAAGAUGCACGAGCCCAUCCGAGGCGAGAUAUUGGAGCAAGUUCUGAAUCGACUGGUCACAAAGACAGCCUCACCUGUCAGUCAUUACUUAGACCUUUUCUCUGACAUUGUGGUCUCUGCUCCCAUGAUCCUCCUGGAGUCGUCCUCAAAGGUGACAGAGACAUUUGACCACCUGUCAUACCUGCCCUUGGCAACUGUUCAGGGCCUACUAAAAGCUGUGCAGCCUCUGCUCAAGGUCAGCAUGUCCUUGAAAGAUGCCUUGAUUCUAGUUCUCCGCAAGGCCAUGUUUUCCAGCCAACUGGAUGGAAGGAAAUCUGCAGUGACUGGCUUCUUGUUGCUGCUGAAGAACUUCAAAGUGUUGGGCAGCUUGGCCUCAAGCCAGUGUAGCCAGGCAGUCUCCUCCAGCCAGGUCCAAGUAGACGUUCAUUCUCGUUACAACUCUGCUGCCAAUGAAGCGUUCUGUCUGGAGAUCCUCAGCAGCCUGCGUCGCUGCCUGGGCCAGCAGGCUGAUGUUCGCCUUAUGCUCUAUGAGGGUUUCUAUGAUGUUCUCCGUCGUAACUCCCAACUUGCAAGCUCCAUCAUGCAGACCCUUUUCUCACAGCUAAGGAGAUACUACGAACCUGAACAAGACCUCCUGCCCCCCGUCAAACUGGAACCAUGCAUCACUGCUCAUGGAGAGCAAGUCUACCUCCAGGAGCCACUGGGCCAUCUGGUGAGCUGUACUGUCCACUGCCUGCUGUGGCUUCAAAACGUGCACCGAUCAGCAAACCUCAACGCUGGUGACAGCGAUGACGAUGAGGAGGAGGAGGAGGGAUACCAGUCUGAACUCCAGACAAUCCUAGAGAGCAUGACAAGACGCAUGAUCAAGAGUGAACUUGAGGACUUUGAACUGGACAAGUCAGCAGAGUUCUCCAUGGGAUCCAGUGUUGGGGUGAAGAAUAAUAUCUAUGCUGUGCUGGUGAUGGGAGUGUAUGAGGUCCUUAUGGAGUACAACUAUAUUAAAGCCAAUUACAGUAAAAGCCACUUUGAGGAGCUCAUUGAGUUGUUCAAUCGCUACCACAAGCUGUCUGAGAUCCUGAAGGAGAAAUCUGGAAAGGGUCGAGUGCCCUCGAACAAGACCCCUCGCAGUUUACUCUCUGUGGGCUUCGUAUCAACUCUCCUCACUGUGCUCUUCAGAGACAGCACUCAGAGCAGAGAGGAGGCUCUUUCAGUGCUGCGCUCAAAUGGAGAAUUUGUGCGUUAUUCAGUAAAUGUGGCUGUGCAGAAGAUCCAGCAGCUGGAGGAAACUGGACACACAGACGGCCCAGAUGGACAGAACGCAGACAAGACUUUCAGCUUCCUCUGUGACAUGACAAGUGUGCUGAUGUGGCGCUACACCAACAUCCCCAGCGUGGUGGAGGACGGAGGGAAGAAGGAGAAGCGGUGCAGUCUGUCCUUGCUCUGUCUGGAAGGUCUGCUCAGGAUCUUCACAACCUGCCAGCAGCGUUACCCAGACAAGAUGGCCCAGCUCCUCUCUACCAUGGAAAUCUCCGAGGACGAUGCCGAGCCAGACGACGGCAACGUCACAGAGAUCAACUUCUUUUACAUCAGACAGUUUCAGAGGGCGCUGUUCACUCAGAUAAGUAGAGGAGAGGAGGAAUUUAACAGCAAAGAGGCUCAGCUGUUGGUCAGCAUUUUGAGCGUACUCUCACGCCAGCUAAAGCCCUCCUCCCAACAGUUUGUUCAGAUGAUCACAUGGACUCUGAAAAUCUGCAAGGAGACCAGUUUUGAGGAUUCUGCUUUCUCCAAGGGGCUGCUCUCACUUCUCUUCAGCCUGCAUGUUCUCUAUAAGAGCCCUGUGAGCCUGUUGCUGGAUCUCUGCCGAGACAUCCACAGCCAACUGGGAGAUAUUGAUCAAGAUGUGGAGGUAGAAAAUCAGUCUCACUUUGCCAUUGUCAACAUGAAGACUGCAACAACAGCAACACUGCUGGUCCUGUCUCAGGUUGACAAGGUGCUUGAUGAAGUGGACUGGCUGAUUGCCAGAAAGAAAAGCCAGACGGCCUCUGACAAAGCGGGCUCAGAAGAGGCCACACAGACUGCAGGUCAGCAGGAUCCAGUGGAGAAAGCGGUGACACUGCAGCUUGGGACCCUUUUGACAGCUUUAAAUGAGCUGGUCCAGACAGCCCUGCUGCCUGGCACCUGCACCAUUACACUGCUGAGAGAGCUGAGUCGCACAUACACCAUCCUCACCACCCUGGUCAAAUAUUACAUCCAGGUGUGCUCCAGCCAGCACUGUGCACUACCUGCACGCGUUGAGAAGCUGGUCAAACUGUCUGGCUCCCAUCUAACGCCGCAGUGCUACUCUUUCAUCACAUUCGCACAGAAUGGAGAAUUCGGUGGUGGAGAUGACAAGAAGAGAAAGAAAAGGGGUGAAGUGAACACUGCUGCCUCUGCAAAGCUUCUGCGUGAGACAAAGGCCAUUCCUAACUUGAUCUUCAGCAUUGAACAGUAUGAGAAAUACCUCAUCACACUCUCAAAGAAAUCAAAGGUAAAUCUGAUGCAGUACAUGAAGCUGAGCACCUCAAGAGAUUUCCGCAUCAACGCUGCUACUCUGGACGCAGCCCUGCAGGAGCAGGACGACAGUCAGGAGGUAAGUACCAUCUUAAACCUGGCAGCUUUCCAAAGGACAGAUGAUACUGUCUUUACCUUACACACAUUCACAUCAGUCAAUAAAGCUGAUCUUCAAUAUCCAGACUGUGGUAACUGUUGAAAUGUUUCCCCCCUUGAGGUGCAUGCAGCUUAAAGAUUAAUCCUUAAUUUGGUUUUAGUUGUAGAACAUUUUAGAAUGCACUGUCAGUAUUUUGAAUAAUCUCUGUUUCAGUAGGUUUUUUCAGUGUCUGUUUCUUCUUCUAAUCCUUUCAGACCACAGAGUUACAGGACGCAGAGGAGACACAAGAACCCAAACAGAAGAAGAGAAAACAAUGAAUCGACACUCGCUCCUCUUGUUGUUACGCACAUCUCCAGAUUCCUCACUGAUCUUCAACUUGACCAGCUGUUGAUGAGCCUCCUGGCCGCUGUGUAUCUGCACUGUUGUUCUGGGUAACAGUAGUUUGGCCCACAAAGUGCUAUUUUGCUUUGCUCAGAGAGCCUUUAGUGACGUCAAUGAUUUGGUAGAUGUCCAAGGCCUCACCUGUGGAAAGUUUGCACACAUUACUUAACAGUCUGUUUGUGCUCUGUAGUUUACUUUGUUCACAAGGAACACUGUGUAUAUUCUGUACAUGGUACAUAUUUCUAACACAGUAAAUGUAAAUUAUAGCUGUUCUUUAUGGCUGACAUUAAAACAGUAAUUUCUAUUUUACACUGUGAUGAUUUGUCAAGGAGCAACUGAAAGUAAUCUGACUUUCUGCAAGUUCAUAAUUAGAACUGGCUCUGCCUGCUGUUUUAGGACUCACUUAUGUUAUGGUUAGCACAACUGUAACAACAUAGUACUUGAGAUGGCCCUACCUUGCCAGUCAGUACUACACUAACAGAAUAAGUUGAUCUAUGGUUUCCCAUCACAUGAAUAAAUCCUGAAGAGACUUUCAGCCUACUUUUGUCAUAGGAAGUGCUGUUUUAAAAACAUAUUUUCUUUCUUAUUCAGUUUAUUCAGUCUCUUUUAUAGUGACUGUUUUGUUGAAUUGAUAUGUUAUAUUUGAUUUUGGACUGAGAUAUGGAGAUAAACUUCAGAUUUUGACUUAU